UAGUUCCGCACACAGACCCAGAGAAAAAAAGUUCUCAUGCUGGGCUGGACAGAACACCACCCCGAGUACCUAGCUAACGUUACGAGGAUUGGGAGCACGCCAAAGACAGCUAACGUUAACUGGGCUUCAUCAAAUCUGGAGGUCCUUUUAAUAACCCAAUAAGAUUUGCUAGCCAAGUGGCGAGAGAAAUUGCAACUUAUAAUGGCCUCGGAAGAGCUUUAUGAGGUUGAGAGAAUUGUGGACAAACGGAAGAACAAGAAGGGAAAGAUUGAGUACCUGGUGCGCUGGAGGGGCUAUGGCUACGAGGGGGACACCUGGGAGCCUGAGACACACCUCUCUGCCUGUGUGGAGUUCAUCCACGAUUUUAAUCGGCAACACGGCGAAAGACAGAGAGACAGUACUUUACUGCGCUCCACUCGAAGUACUCCCAGCACCACCCACAGCCACAGUUCGAGAAACAACGCCCGCAAACAGAUCUGCAGGCCUCAGCCACCCAGUGGAGCAGGAAGCCAUGCUCUAGUAAAACACGGGAAUGACUCUUCGCCCACCACAGCAGCUACGGCCAUCUCGAAACAGUUGCCACCACUUGACGCUGGCGUGGCACACACUAGAACGAACAUGCAGCUUAACUUGAGCCAAAAGUACAGUGUUUCGGCCACCGGUGACAUUUGUAGACCUGGCUUCACAAGCGGGCCUGCGGCUUCUCCGGUGGGCACGGUGCGUCGGAGCAUGGACCUGGCGAAGUCCGGGAUCAAAAUCCUGGUACCCAAAAGCCCCAUGAGCAGCCGGGCGGACUCUGAGUCUUCGCCUAGCGAGGCGGCCCACUGUCUGGAGCAAGGGGGUCAGGAGCAGGACUCUGUGCCCCCAGAGGUGGCCCUUUUGGAAAAGCCUCCAGGGUUGUUGCUGGGGCCUGGGGAAGAAAGAGCGCGCAUGGGGACCCGGCCCAGGACUCAAAGCCCAUUAAUUCCUCAGCAAGUCCCCAUAACACCCGCAUCCAUACGCACACUCAAUGGGAAAGGUACAUCAACACUCAUGGAGGCUCUGGCGGCCAAUGGGACAGGUAGCCUGCAGAGUGCAGUGGCAGGAGUCACUGCAGUCUCCGGGGUGGCGGGGAAACGGCGCUUCGAGGAGCAGCGCUCGGUCUUCGACAAGCGCCUUCGGUUCAGCGUCCGGCAGACUGAGAGUGCCUACCGCUACAGGGACCUCGUCGUCAAGAAGCAGGAUGGCUUCACCCACAUCCUGCUCUCCACCAAGUCCUCGGAGAACAACUCACUUAACCCCGAUGUGAUGAAGGAGAUGCAGAGUGCCAUGGCCACGGCGGCGGCAGACGACAGCAAGCUGGUCCUGCUGAGCGCCGUGGGUAGCAUCUUCUGCUUCGGCCUGGACUUCAUCUACUUCAUUAGACGGCUCACCGACGACCGCAAGAAAGAGAGCAUCAAGAUGGCUGAGACCAUUAGGACAUUUGUGAACACGUUCAUCCAAUUCAAGAAGCCCAUCAUCGUAGCCGUGAAUGGACCGGCGGUGGGCCUCGGAGCCUCUAUCCUCCCGCUGUGUGACGUUGUCUGGGCCAACGAGAAAUCCUGGUUUCAGACGCCCUAUACCACCUACGGACAGACACCCGACGCUUGCGCCUCCCUCACCUUCCCUCGCAUCAUGGGCGUGGCCUCGGCCAAUGAGAUGUUGCUGAGUGGGCGGAAGCUGACAGCCCAGGAGGCCUGCGCUAAAGGCCUCGUGUCCCAGGUGCUGUGGCCCGGGACUUUCACUCAGGAGGUGAUGGUUCGCAUUAGGGAGCUAGUCACUUGUAAUUCAGUUGUCCUGCGGGAGUCCAAAGCACUGGUGCGAAACGCAAACCGGGCCGCCCUGGAGCAGGCCAAUGAACGCGAGUGCGAGGCGUUGAAGAGAGUGUGGGGCUCUUCGCAGGGGGUGGACUCCAUCCUCAAAUACCUGCAGAAGAAGAUUGAUGAGUUUUAAGGAAAGCACGUAUUCCCCCCCCCCCGUUACCAAGUUCCCAAGGAACCAGGAAAACAUGGCACUGGCAGUGCAUGGCGUUCAAUCUGCAGCCUCUCAAUAUCCCUCUUGCAUGUAUGAGAGUACAGUGCAUUCGGAAAGUAUUCAGACCCCUUGACCUUUUCCACGUUUUGUUACGUUAC